ACACGCUGGAUGAAUGAAAGAAAAUGGCGACACAUGUUUCUCCACAAUAGUUGUCGGUAGAUCAUAAAACUCCCUUCUAAAACCACUUUAUUAAAGUUUUGCCACGUAUUCUGUCUGAUCACAAGAAAGUAUUUACAACGUUUCAUCACAUUUUGACGUUCAUAUCUUCUUUGAGGCUUCUACUUUCGCAAGAACAACUAAAACAUCGAAAAUGUACGAGGACAUCACUGAAUCUGAGGAGAGCGAUCUGUGUGAUUGGCAGUUACCGCUUGCAUACAUGAAGAAACGGCACACUGACCCGAUUGAAGGAAGCAAAACAGAAACACAAACAUGGCGAAUGAAAGAACGGAUGAAGACAGUGAGUGUAGCUCUGGUGAUUUGCCUCAAUGUGGGAGUGGAUCCACCGGAUACAGUCAAAACCUCACCAUGUGCAAGGCUGGAAUGCUGGAUAGAUCCACUUGCCCUUAGCCCGUCCAAGGCUCUUGAGGCCAUAGGAACCAGUUUACAGAAGCAAUAUGAAAGAUGGCAGCCUCGGGCUCGUUACAAACAGACCCUUGACCCUACUGUGGAUGAAGUGAAGAAGCUAUGUACCUCCCUCAGACGUAACGCCAAGGAGGAGAGGGUUCUCUUUCACUACAACGGCCAUGGGGUACCAAGACCAACUACUAAUGGAGAGGUCUGGGUUUUCAAUAAGAAUUACACCCAGUACAUCCCACUAUCUGUGUAUGACCUCCAGACUUGGAUGGGAAGUCCUUCUAUCUUUGUGUAUGACUGUUCCAAUGCUGGACUCAUACUGGAAUCCUUUGAGCAGUUCUCCAUACAGAAGGAACAGGACAGAGAGUUGGUACAGAUGAACCCCACCCCUAUAAACAGAUCACAGGUGCCCUUACCUCCUCCAGCAAAGAAUUGUAUCCAGUUGGCUGCGUGUGGCUCCAAUGAACUGCUUCCUAUGAAUCCAGAGCUUCCAGCUGAUCUCUUUACAGCAUGCCUCACCACGCCCAUCAAGAUAGCAUUAAGAUGGUUUUGCUUUCAGAGGAGUAGCUACUUAGUGCCAGGGGUCACACAAGAACUUGUAGAUAAGAUUCCAGGGAGAUUAAAUGACAGGAGAACACCAUUAGGUGAACUUAACUGGAUCUUUACCGCUAUCACAGAUACAAUAGCAUGGAAUGUAUUACCAAGAGAUUUGUUCCAGAAACUGUUCAGGCAAGACCUGCUUGUAGCCAGUCUGUUCAGGAAUUUCCUCUUGGCGGAAAGAAUUCUUCGUACCUACAACUGCACACCAGUGUCUAGUCCCAGGCUGCCACCCACGUACCAGCAUCCCAUGUGGCAAGCAUGGGAUCUAGCAGUGGAUGCCUGUCUCUCCCAGCUACCAGCCCUAGCCAAAGGUGCUGAGUACAAGCACAGUCCGUUCUUUGCUGAACAACUUACAGCUUUCCAGGUAUGGCUUGGUAUGGGGUCAGAGAGAAGAGAACCACCAGAACAACUCCCAAUAGUGCUACAGGUUCUGUUGAGUCAAGUACAUAGAUCGAGGGCUUUAGACCUCCUUGGUCGGUUUCUAGAUCUAGGGCCAUGGGCUGUCAGUCUGGCAUUGUCAGUGGGUAUCUUCCCUUACGUUCUAAAGCUUCUUCAGAGUUCAGCCAGGGAGUUGAGACCACUCCUCGUCUUCAUCUGGGCAAAAAUUCUAGCAGUGGAUAGGUCUUGUAAAGCUGAUCUAGUGAAGGACAUGGGUCAUAAAUACUUCCUCUCAGUUUUAGCAGAUCCUUACAUGGUGGCUGAGCACAGAACAAUGGCUGCAUUUGUGUUGGCGAUGAUUGUUGAGGAUUAUCAAAAUGGACAGGAAGCAGCUUUCCAAGGUAAUGUUAUAGCCAUCUGCCUGGAACAGCUGAACGAUCCCCACCCUCUUCUACGUCAAUGGCUAGCCCUAUGUAUAGCCAGGGUAUGGACCAACUAUAACGCAGCCAGGUGGUGCGGUGUCCGAGACAGCGCUCAUGAGAAACUAUACAAGCUACUCAGUGACCCUAUACCAGAGGUUCGGGCUGCUGCCACGGUAGCAUUAGGUACAUUCAUAGGCAAUGGAACGGACAGGACGGACCAUGCCUUGACUAUCAAUCAUAAUGUAGGAGUAACGUUACUAUCAGUGGUCAAUGAUGGAAGUGCAAUAGUUAGACAGGAACUCGUGGUGGCGCUCUACCAGCUGAUCAAGCAGUCGGAGACCCAGUUUGCCACCAUAGCCCGGCAGCUGCUGGACGAGGAGCAGAGCUCGGACGAGAACCUGGCCCCUCGUAGCGCCGCCGUCACGUCUGGUGGGUGGCUUGUGGUCCAUGACUCUCUCAAUACAAAUGACCAAAUCCGCCGUGCCUCAGUGGCAGUGAUGAGCAGUAGCAGCAGCAGCCGGAAGUCCAUCACUCUCCUCCCCCGAACGUCCAGUGGGAACAACCUCCAGCACCUCAACGCAGGUUCUACCAUGGCCAGAUCACCAUCAAGUAGCGGUUCUUCACCGGGCAGUGGCGACUUUCUCAGUAUUCCAGGCGCUAAUCCAAAACUACCAAGAGUGCCAUCGACCUCCUCCUUGGCGUCCAAUGUCUUUGUUCAGAUAUGGAGGGUCAUUUUACUCUUGACCCAAGACCCCCAUCCGAAGGUCAAGGAUUUAGCCCAGACCCUGGUCAAUGCUAUCAACCUCAAGGCAACCAUCUCGGCCAAACCUCAGCUGGUGAGAGAUAGCAGAAAGACAAGCUCUGCACCGUCUAGUCCUACAAGGAACUCACAGUCAUCUCCACCACAGGAUAUGAGUGAUUCACCACCCCUGAACAUCCCCAAUGAGAUCAUGAGACCCGUCCCCAUCAAACCCUGGGAGCAACCUCCACCGGAGAGGCCUCAGAACCCUGGGCCUAUCGACGCCCAGUACCCUGGCCCUUCACCUACCCUCCACUCACAGCGAUUCACAAGGACUAGGAAACUCCACGACAAAGGACCAAGUGUAACAUAUGAGGAGGUUGAGGAUGUACUGACAACCAAGAAUCUUAGCAUUACUACAGAAUUCACUGAUUGGUGUUGCAAGUAUUUUGCUCAGUCAGUCAUGAAGGCGCCGGAAGAGAUGGAUCCGUUCAGUGGCUUACAUCACAUGAGAGAAUGGAGGUUUGUACGCAAUGCUAGGAUACGAAAUGAAACAAGGGAACAACUCAAGAAAGCCAAUUCUUGCCAUUUAGAUGACCAAAUCUUCAUCAACAAGAACUCUGCUGUCCCCUACGUAGUUAAAUUCCAUCCAUUCAAUCCCCAUGCCAUCGUUGCUGAUAGGGAAGGUGUAUGUGUAUGGAACUGGGAGAGCGGUGAAAGGUUAAACUACUUCCUCAACAAGAACCCGAAGCACACAAAGAUUACCUCAAUGGAUAUACUCAACUCACACGAUCUAGCACUAGUAAUGACUGGAGUAGACGAUGGAUCGGUUCGUAUAUGGAGGAAUUACUGGACCCCAGAGGGCAAACCUGUUGAGCUGGUCACAGCGUGGCAAGCCUUGUCUGAUAUGCUAGUAUCAAAUAGAGGAUCUGGAUUAGUACUAGAUUGGGAGCAGGGAUCCGGGAUGCUUCUAGCCUCAGGGGACGUCAGAACGAUACGGGUCUGGGAUACUCAGAGAGAACUCAAACUACAGGAUAUACCAACUGGAGCUGAUAGCUGUGUAACAAGCCUUGCGUGUGACUCUGUUGGAAGGUCUUUACUUAUAGCAGGGUGCGGAGAUGGAUCUGUCAGGCUCUAUGAUAGAAGGCUAGCACCACAAGAAUGUCGAGUGAUGACGUUACGAGAACACCAAAGUUGGGUGUCCAACGUUCAUCUGCAGAAAGGAGCAGGGGAUGGCAAGAUCAUCAGUGCUGGUCUUGGAGGUGAUGUGCGGUUUUGGGAUCCACGAUUCACCGAGUCUGUGAAGGUAGUCAACACAGCUCCAGAUCUUAAUACCAUGGCUGUUCAUCCACAUGCCGGGAUCUUUGCAUGUGGUUACAAGAACCAACAGAUCAAUGUGUACAACACAAUGGGAGAUACACUCAGCACGAUCAAGUACUAUGAAGGAUUUAUAGGACAGAGGAUUGGACCAGUUAGUACUCUUGCCUUCCACCCUUACAAGCUUCAUCUAGCAGCUGGUUGCCGCGAUUCCUUCCUCUCGAUCUACUCCACUGACAAGAAGAGAUAACCCAAACAUCCAUCGUUCACAGCCAGCCACAUUUCAUGUUGGAAUCAUGUCUCUGAGAACUAGCAUUGUCUGUCUUGUAUUGAUGUCCAGAUUUUUCAUGCCCAAAUAAUAAUGUUACCCAGGAAAAGUGCACAAAACUGAUUGUUUCCUCUAACUCUUUUUGUGUUUGUUCUUGUAUCCUGUUUCAAAAUAUCCAAGCAGUAAUUUUGGACCACUACAUGUACGUGUAAUUUCAAAGUCAUUUUGUUCAUACCUAAUGUGACAUUUGGAAAUAGCUUUUUUGACUUGAUGGUAUCAACUAUAACAUGUCAAAUGGACUCAUUGCACAGAGAAAAAAAACUAAAUACAGUUCAUCUAAAGAAAAAGAUAAAUAUUUAGAAGAUUUUUUUUUUUGAUUUGCCGUUAUAUCACUUAUAAGAAUGAUAAGUUUCUGCUUCUAUAUAGCAUUUAAAACAUCUAAAUGAAGUUUCUAAGUGCUUUCUGGUUUCUGGCAAGCUAAUACAAUGUAUGCACCUUUUCCACUCCCUGAGUAGUAUUUCAGCACGACAGCCCAGACUCCAUUGCUUUACAUACUCCAUUGGCAUUUGCAUCCUACAGGAUGGCCAUUUUAAACACCUGGGUGGAGAGUGGCAAAUUGUGGAUCGAUGCGUAGUAGGAGGAUGCUAGGCCGAGGUGGAAAUUAAACAUGUGACCCUCUUAUCACUAAUUUCUUAUUAAUUAUUAUAGGUAGGAAUGGAUAUUACACAAGUAAGACUACCAUUCAAUGGGAUGAGAGAUUGAGAUACAGUCGAUUAUACCUUGGUGUAUCACAAUAUGCACGACGUAUACAAAACUUAGACAGGAGAGUUUUGUGAUAGUGUUCAAGGAUGACCGUGGAUUGGCUGUCCACAGAGUUUGUUGGUGUAAAUGAAGGGUAGACUGACUGUAUUUUAGCUGUCGUAUCCCGGGAAGGGUUUAGGUUGAUUAAUAGAUCAGUAUUCAUACUAAUGAAUAAAGAAAAAAUUUUCUGAAGAGUGAACAAUAGUAGUUCAUAGUUGGAAGUCAAGUCUCUACAACACAGUUCAUCACUUUCGAAGUAUGAGAAAAAGAUUACUGUAAUGUCAAUACAAAUAAACAGUGUGAACAGACCCUUUGACUUUUUAGUUUGCUGUGUCGGUACAAGAACGCCCUUAACACCAAACAUUCAUGCAUCGCAUGCGCGCAAAAACGCCCUGAGCAGCGUGCAUAAGUGCACUGCGUAAGGGCGUACGAAAAUGUUUUGCUAAGGGCAUUCUAGCACCGACACAACGAGUUUCCAACAGUUUUAUCAGAAUCGAACCAAGAUAUUAGUCUGAUCAGAGUUUGAGGCCAUAAUGGGUUUCUAAUAUACACUGUAUGAGAUAUAGACACAAUAUAUUUUCUGCACUGGAGGUAUCAUGCUACAGUGGUUAUGACCAAGGUCUCUUAUUUAGAGGGUCAUGGGUUUGAAUCCUACCCCAGGCGUUGAUUUCCUUUAGAAACAAAAACAGGAAUCAUAUUGUGCUACACUUGGUCAACCAAGAUGAGAAAUGGUUGCCUGGCAGAAUUUAUUCCAUGAAAAGGAGACGUGUGUAAUACAUGUAGCUGCGAUCUGCUGAAGCCAUGUUAAUUUUGCUGAAUGAUGGUCGGGCGCUUAGAAGCUUCAGAUAAAGCAAGUGUUCAGCACUAUAAACAUAACUUUGUCUAAGUAGAAUUUGUAUAACACAUGACUUACCUAAUCAAACCUUGUACCUUUUAGUGGUUUACCCCAAAGUCAUGCAUCAGGAAGUAUUACUCUGGUCUAAAAAAAAUUGUUUCGACCUAGGAGAAUAUAAAACUUGAUACAGAAGGUUGACUUAUUACUCUCAUUCAAAACAGGAGAAAACCUCAUUAGUCACAGUCUAUUUGUUUACCUGUUAAAGAAUUUCCUUAUGUCUGUGUCCAUGUGAAAUCGGCAUCUCCCACAUGACCCCUGAACCCUCUUCUGAUUGGUCAAUAACCAGUUAACCAUGCAUGUUCGUUUAGAUCGGAUGCUAUUAAAAGCAUGGUGCUAUAUUUUUAAAUUGUAAAUUGAUAUCUGUAAUUUAUUAAUCAUCUUACCUCGUUUUAAUUUAUUAUUGUUAUUUAGUCAAGCUGAUAAGAUAUAGUUUUUCUUGUACCAAUUAUACAAGUGCACACAAUAUUUUUCAUGGAAAAGAUCAGAAAUUGAGAAAAACGGUUGUCAUUUAUAAUGAAUGCAUACACGUAUUAACCAUGAAUCAGUUCCAUAACAUUAUCAACUUCUUUGUACAUCUGACUCCAUUUUUUCGUUAAUCUUGUCUUAUUUUAUGAUCUGCUUAAGCCAAGAGCAUUACAAUUUUAGAAAAAUCGUGACAAAUCAAUUCAGAAAGGUCUCACACAUGGUGGCUCAGUGGAAGAGCACUUGUCUCAUGAACAGGAGGUCAUGGGCUCAAUCCCUGGUUGAGCCAUACCAAUGACUUAUAAAAAUGGGACCUUCUGCCUUGCUCAGCAUUGAGAUUGGAUAUUGAUAUAAAGGGUAAUAAUCAUUAUAUUAUGCAGGGCCAGCUGGUAGAGCAGUUUCCCAACUGAAGUGGCUACCCUGGGUAAAAAAAAACAUUACCAGUAUUAUUUGGGUGUCAGCUGUACACAUUUCAUGAGAUUGCCCAAUGUGAUGACAGUAAUACCUUGGUCACAUUUGCUCUACGGCGGCUGUACGGCGAGUCGAAAACAGCCAUUUUAUUUUUUUUGUACCAGCUACAUAUAGGUGGUUUUGAAUAAAAGUGCAUAAAACAGCUGUUUUUGACUCGCCGUAUGGCUGCCAUAGAGCAAAUGUGACUGAGGUAUAAGACACCGUCACUUUCAUGCUCAAGGCAAGUAUGCACAUGUAUACAAUGAUACGCCCAUAAAAGCGUUCAUGUAUGAAGUACGAUCAAAUUCAAGAUAUUUGUGACCACAAUUCUUAUAUUUAUUUGUUAUCCUACUAGUUCAUCUUGUGUUACUGUCAAGCCCUGACGUAUGUAAUCUGAAGUCUGUUUUAAGAAAAGUUAAAAAUUGAAAAUUGGGUAUUUGCGUGGUUUAUCACACCUGCAAGACAGCCCAGGAUGUAUUAUUCUUCAGUAUAAAACCAAAUUAAUCUGAUCAUUUUUUUUUAUGUUGCCCGUGAAAUUUCGCUAUUUUUCUGUGGAAAGGAAUGGCAUAGCUUCUUUUUUUUAGGAGCUAUAAUAAUAAGAGCUACUGUAAAUUGAAGGGAAAAUCGGAUUUUGAAGAGACUAUGUGCUCAUCUCCUUAGUGAAUUGGGCCUUUCUUGUUUUCAAAAUGUCUUGGAUUUUUGUUUUGUUUUGGGUUUUGUUUGUGGGGGGGGGGGAAUCAGAAAAAAAAUUUAAUUACCAAUAUGAUUUCAGAAUUAUUCAGAAGUUGGCUGGUCAUUGUGACACCGUGAUACACUAAAUGGCCAAAUAACUAAUACCUAUCCUUUGAUUUGUUCUUCAAGUAUUACCUAUUAAAACAAUAGUUCUUGAAAAGGAAAUAAUGGUCAGAUUUUAUUUCCAAAUAUCACUGUUCUCUUUCCACCGAAAGUAUUGGAAUAUAUACAUCAGCAUGAAAUGCAAUAAUAUAAUAAAAUAUUUAGUACAUUUAAUUUCAUUGAGCUCAUCAGUCACUAAGUGUAGUUCAUAAUAACUAAUAAUUCAUUUAUUACCAUUAAUAUUCAACUUGAGUGAUGAAAGCACAGAUAACCAGAUGGACAAGAGCUAUGCAGUGUUUUGUAAUGAUUCUUGAUUCUUUCUUCAAAUUGUAUAACAGUCAUCUAUUGAUGAAAGAUUCAAUCAGGACAAGUUUCCACCAGAAUAAUGCCUUUUCAGCCCUCAGAAUAUUGUAAAGCCUGUACUAGGUUAGCAUCCAGUAAUACACCUAUCUUUGCCCAUUGGGUGAUUUCAAUUUUGGUGUUGGUGCUGGUGUUGGAAGCACAAUUCAGAUUGCCUUCCCUAGCACCAGAACCUAAUGUGUCCAGUGUGGGUGUUGGAAGCAGAACUUAGAUUGCCUUAGCACCAGCACCUAAUAUGUUCAGCAUUGGUGUUGGAAGCACAAAUUAGAUUGCCUUCCCUAGCACCAACACCUAAUAUGUUCAGCAUUGAUGUUGGUAUUGGAAGCACAAAUUACCUAGCCUUAGCACCAGUACCUGACCUGUUCAGUGUUGGUAUUAGUAUUGGAAGAAUAAUUCAGAUUGCCUUCCUGAGUACUAACACCUAUAUCGAGUUCACAAUCAUGGCCCAAAUUAUAUUAUUGAUAGCUCAAAUCCUAUUGAGAUUCAUUUGAGGACCAGCUUUAUUUUAAGGUGCUGUGCUGAUUUUCAUCCUAAGGCACAUACCAUCACCAAAAAAGGUCAACACCAAAUUUGAAAUCACCCAUUGUCUUAAAUAUGGGUUUCCAGAUGAAUUUAAAUGUAGUUGUCAAACCUAUGCUACAGACAAGAGUCACAAGAAUAAUUGAAAUGAGAUGGAACAUUAUAAGUAUCUUUGUAACAGCUUUUAUCUUCAUCCUAUUCCACACUGACAUAUAUGUAUUGCCCUGAAGUCUCAAACCCUGUUCUUUUAAUUAAAAAAAAUUUAUAUAUUUUGAUGUUUUCUCUGACAGAAAUCAUAAGUGUGAAUUGAAGGACAGAUAUAAAAAAGGCAAUAUUACUGUCUGAUUUGAAAAAGCAUACCUCUUGAUGUUCAAGGGGGAAAAGUUAUAAAGAUUAUAUUUCCUUUGUCUGAAUGUGUAUUGUGCAAAUCCUAAUUUCUUUUGUAAAAUUGUAUAUAAGAUAAACUAUGAUGGCAUGUUAUAAACUGUAUUUGUAUAAAGAAGCAUGACUCUUCAAUAUGGUCUUUGUUCAAAAUAAAGAUUCAUGUCUGACGUAACAUAAAAA